CACAGCGCUUACGACAGAAACAGUCGUCGUGAAUUGCUCUGAAUUCAACAUGGCAAUAGGAGAUUAUCCAGCGGAGUACAAUCCGAAGACUCACGGCCCGUACGAUCCGGCCCGUUUCUACGGCAAGCCCGACACCCCGUUCGGACAGGUAAAAGUUGGAGAAGUGGGCGCAUGGCUCGCACGGCGCGACAAGAACCCACGGGCUUUGGCCGGAGUUUUUAGCCGCACAUUCUGGAGAUGGCAACACAAGUACAUGCAGCCGAAGCGGACCGGAAUCGCUCCGUUCUUUCAAGUAGUUGUCGGAGGUGUGAUAUUUUUCUACACCAUUAACUACGGCAAGUUGAAGCAUCAUCGCAACUACAAGUAUCACUAAAGGAGCUCGGUCGAAAGCCAUUGUCGCUGGGUGCUCCCGGUACAAGAUGUCAGUGAAG